CAGUGCCCCAGCUGGCUGGCUAGCAGCAGCGGAGAAGAUGGCUGCAGAGGGGAUUCUCAGGCCACUGUCUGAAAACAUAGCACCGAUUGUCAUGUUCAGCGACCACUAGCCAGCGUGUCAGCCCGGUUGUUCGGACUCUCCGUGGGUUCAGCUCGGUUCGGUGGGAGGUGGAUCAAACAACAUGGGGUCUCAGACUCUUCAGAUCCUCAGGCAGGGGGUCUGGGCUUCAGUCACUGGCGGAUGGUACUACGACCCCGAUCAGAAUACAUUCGUCAACGCUUUACACCUCUACAUCUGGCUCUUUCUGCUAUGUUUCCCCUUCACACUGUACAUGGCCCUGCAGCCAACCAUGGUGAUUGUGGGAAUCUACUGUGGAGUAAUCGCUGCCAUGUUCCUGCUGCUGAAGACGGUGAAUUACCGCCUCCACCAUGCCCUGGACGAGGGGGAGGUGGUGGAGAAGGCCAAGGAGAGUCAGGGCAGCAGAGGUGGCACCGAGGGGGCUAACGAUGGCGGCGUCACGCGUCGGGAGGACAGCAACGGCCCGGGGGAUCCUGGAGGGGGUAUAGAGAUGGCAGACUUCAUAAGACAAGAGACUCCUCCUGUAGACUGCAGCUCCAGGAACUCUUACAUCGGGAUGGAGUCCAACCAACAGAUAACAUCCACCCAUGGGAGAGCAGCAGUAGCCAAAGGAGACGUGGGGAAGACAUCAGACGACAUCAGUUUGACUCUGGUGGAGAGCUGCAGCCAUGAUCAUGAUUUGCUGUCAGACACAAAGAUGUACUGCCUUGUUCCCAACGACUCCUUCGCCUCUUUGCAACCCUCCACCUCCUUGUGUCCUUCGGAGCUGUCCAGAGAGCCAGCUGAUCUCUGUAACUCUGCUGCUUAUCACUUCAGCCUGUCUCACUCCUCCUGUGACACAGAGCUCACCUCUCAUGGAUCCAUACAAUCUCAGACCUUUAGAAAAGAGCUCCGUUCUCGGGGCCUCCCUCGGACCUCCAGCUCUGCAGGUUCUGCCUUCCCCGAUCCUUGUCUGCCUGACUUUGCUCUGUAUCCUCCACCCAGGAGAGGUGGCCUGGACCCUGUUUGUGAGCUGGAAACCUCCAGACCUCACAGGACGGGGGCUGAGCGGUUGUACCAGCAGGAUCCAGCUGUGCCCUCUACCUCGGGAAUAGAGUGUUACCGGCACAAAGAAGCACGCAGGGUAGCCCGCUCAGCCUCCAGGGAGGCUGGGGAAGGUAGCUCAGGACUGUACCAGGUGGAGGUGAGUGGUGGUGGUGGUGGUGGUGGUGGUGGGGGGGGGAAGGGCUCUAGUGCAGGAGGAAAGUCCCAGGGAGGGGAGCGCAGUGCCGACAGCCUGAGGAGCCUAAGCACUCGCAGCAGCGGCUCCACUGAGAGCUACUGCAGCGGCACGGACAGGGACACCAACAGCACGGUCAGCAGCUUUCACAGCGAACAGACGAGCUCCACACACGUGGAGAGCCUGCUCUCUCUUUCAGGGGACGAACGUGCGCGGGACAGAGGAGACGCUGCCUCUGCUCCUGCAGACGGCAGGACUUUGAGCCUCAGUAGCAUCAGCUCUCGAGGUCUUAACCUUCCUUCCAGGGAGGCCAAUAAAAACCCUCACGCCAACGAGCUGACUGCUAAACUGCCUGCUGACACAGCGUCACCUGCAGCCCAGGAGCAGGUAGAACCCAGCAGGGUCCCUGAGGAGCCCGGCAUCAGGACGAGCGCUGAUGGCUCCACAGGUAUAACGAUCACAGAGGCGGAGCAGGUGAAAGAUGACUCCAAACCAAAGUCAGCCAGCAUUGUUCAGAGGACUUCUUCUCUAUCCACGGGACGGAGCGGACGCCGGCGGACAGGCAAGAAAAGAGCGAGCAGCUUUGAUGCCAGCCGGCACCGGGACUACCUUUCUUUGCGUGGUAUGGCUAAGCCUUGUAGCGCUGUGUUUACUGGGGGUGGAGAGGAGGACUCCAGCGACCAGAGCGAACUCAGCUGUGCCUCCAGUCUCCACUCUGCCCACCACUUAAGCACAGACAGCUCAUCUAGCAACACCUCCCGCUCCUGCCACUCACCAGAGGGCUACUACAGGGCCCUCAAAGCCAAGCACACUACAGCCUCCUCGUCCUCUUCCACAGUCAAAGCUGCUGCAGGACACGAGACAGGAGUACAAACCAGAGGGAAGCGGCGAACCUCUCGCCGAACCCCCAGCACAGGCAGUGCCAAAACGCAUGCCAGAGUGUUGAGUUUGGACAGUGGGACAGCCGCCUGCCUUAACGAUCCCAGCCGCCUCGGAGCUCCUGCUGGGCCUCGGCCCCUCACCACCUCCAAGUCGGACUUGGAAGCCAAAGAAGGGGAAGUCCUGGACGCUGCAUCCCUGCUGGGUCGGGCCUCCCAGCUGGAAUCAGUGACUCGCUCCAGAAACAGCCUGCCCAGCCAGGCAGCUUUCUCUGAGCCUCAGGAGGCCUCUGCUGCUUCACUGCGGGCCCCGGGGAGCGAGGAGACAGUCAUAUUUCGGCGUGAGCGUAGCACGUUUCGUCGGCAGGCGGUGCGGCGGCGACACAACGCUGGCAGUAACCCAACCCCGCCCACCUCUCUGAUUGGAUCUCCUCUCAGUCUUCAGGAGGCUCUCAGCCAGGCCUCCCAGCCUUCUACUUCCCAGGUGAAAAGUCAGCCCUCCAGAACCCCGUCCCAGGUGACCGUGCUGAGCACAAGCGCCUCCCUGCUGGCCAGGAAUGGAAGCACACACCUGGAGGGUUCUCAGGACAAGGCCUCCACUGUUGGCGCUACCAGCCUGCAGGAUGACUUUGGAAAGCUCACACCGUCCUUGUAUGAGGCUGGUGGGUGUGACAUGUCCCUGGUCAACUUUGAACCUGCAACCAGACGAGCCUCCAAUAACGUAUGGGACACUGACUCCCACCUCUCCAGUUCUACCUCAGUUCGCUUCUACCCUCAUGACCUGAUCUCCCUCCCUCAGAUCCGUCUGAACCGUCUGCUCACGAUGGACCCAGAGCUGCUGGAGCAGCAGGAUGGAGAUCUGAGCCCGGAGCUCCAGGAUGCUCCGCUGGGACAGGACGACCCCGCAGCUGCCAACGCUGCUGGCAAAGCCCGGCAGUACUACCGCCUGUGGCUUCUGCCUUUCCUGUGGGUCGGCCUGCACUUUGACCGGCUCACGCUGCUGGCACUUUUUGACAGGAACCGUGAGGUUUUAGAGAAUGUGCUGGCCGUGGUGCUGGCCGUCCUGGUGGCCUUCCUGGGUUCAGUGCUGCUGGUUCAUGGCUUCUUCACUGACAUCUGGGUCUUUCAGUUCUGCCUUGUCAUUGCGAGUUGCCAGUACUCCUUAUUAAAAAGUGUUCAACCAGACUCCUCCUCCCCUCGGCAUGGUCAUAAUCGCAUCAUAGCGUACAGCCGGCCUGUCUACUUCUGCCUGUGCUGUGGACUCAUCUGGCUGCUGCACUAUGGCAGUCUGAGGACCACUUCAUCCCGCUUCACCCUCUACGGAGUCGCUCUCACCAGCUCCCUCGUCCUCGCCUCUGCUCGCGACCUCGUCAUCGUCUUCACUCUGUGCUUCCCCAUCAUUUUCUUCGUCGGCCUGCUGCCACAAGUCAACACGUUCGUCAUGUACCUCUUCGAGCAGCUGGACAUCCAUGUGUUCGGGGGCAACGCCUCCACCAGCCUGCUGUCAGCGCUCUACAGCGUGCUGCGCAGCGUCGUCACAGUCGCUCUGCUUUAUGGCUUCUGCUAUGGAGCGCUGAAGGAGACCUGGGAGCCUCACCACAUCCCGGUCUUGUUCUCCGUGUUUUGUGGCCUCUUGGUGGCGGUGUCCUAUCACCUGAGCCGGCAGAGCAGCGACCCGUCAGUGCUCAUCUCCCUAAUACAGUCCAAGAUUUUACCCAGUUUAAAAGACAAGAACCCAGAGGACCCUCUCGCAGAAGUACAGGACCCUCUGCCAGAGAAGCUCCGGGCCUCGGUGAAUGAGCGUCUGCAGUCUGACCUGAUCGUCUGCGUGGUCAUCGCCGUUCUUUACUUCGCCAUUCAUGUCAGCACUGUCUUCAUUGCACUGCAGCCUUUCCUCAGUUAUGUCCUGUAUGCACUGUUGGGGACGGUCGGCCUGCUCACACACUACCUGCUGCCUCAAGUCCGAAAGCAGCUGCCCUGGUACUGCUUCUCCCACCCGCUGCUCAAAACCAAGGAGUAUUACCAGUUUGAAGUCAGGGAUGCUGCUCAUGUGAUGUGGUUUGAAAAGCUCCACGUUUGGCUGCUGUUUGUGGAGAAGAACGUCCUCUACCCUCUCGUCAUCCUGAACGAGCUGAGCGGCAGCGCAAGAGAGCUGGCCAGUCCUAAGAGACUCGACACAGAGGUCGGCGCUCUGAUGAUCACGGUGGCGGGCCUGAAGCUGCUGCGUUCCUCGUACAGCAGCCCCACUUAUCAGUAUGUGACCAUCCUCUUCACCGUCCUCUUCUUCACCUUCGACUACCGCCAUCUGUCCGAGACACUGCUGCUCGACCUCUUCCUCAUGUCCAUCGUUUUCAGCAAGAUGUGGGAGCUCUUCUACAAACUGCACUUUGUGUACACCUACAUUGCCCCCUGGCAGAUCACAUGGGGCUCAGCCUUCCACGCCUUUGCUCAGCCCUUCGCUGUGCCUCACUCUGCCAUGCUGUUUGUUCAGGCCAUAGUAUCGGCGAUCUUCUCCACUCCCCUUAACCCUUUCCUGGGCAGCGCCAUCUUCAUCACCUCCUACGUCAGACCCGUCAAGUUCUGGGAAAGAGACUACAACACCAAGAGAGUGGACCACUCCAACACUCGUCUGGCCUCUCAGCUGGACAGAAAUCCUGGCUCUGACGACAACAACCUGAACUCCAUCUUCUACGAGCACCUGACCCGCUCCCUGCAGCACAGCCUGUGUGGAGACCUGCUGCUGGGCCGAUGGGGGAACUUCAGCACCGGGGACUGCUUCAUCCUGGCCUCCGACUACCUGAACGCUCUGGUGCAUCUCAUCGAGAUCGGGAACGGCCUGGUCACUUUUCAGCUGAGAGGACUGGAGUUCAGAGGAACUUACUGCCAGCAGAGGGAGGUGGAGGCCAUCACAGAGGGGGUGGAGGAGGACGAGGGCUGCUGCUGCUGCGAGCCCGGUCACCUCCCUCACAUCCUGUCCUUUAACGCCGCCUUUGGGCAGCGCUGGCUUGCCUGGGAGGUUCUGGUCACCAAAUACGUGCUGGAGGGCUACAGCAUCACUGACAACAGCGCCGCCUCCAUGCUGCAGGUGUUCGACUUGCGACGCAUCCUCACCACAUACUACGUCAAGGGUAUCAUCUACUAUGUGAUCGCUUCGCCCAAACUGGAGGAGUGGCUGGCUAAUGAGACCAUGAAAGACGGCCUGAGGGGGUGUGGGGAGAGGAACUACGUCGACCUGGAUCCCACCUUCAACCCCAACAUUGACGAGGACUACGACCAUCGACUGGCGGGCAUCUCCAGGGACAGUUUCUGUGGCGUCUACCUGAGCUGGAUCCAGUACUGCAACUCUAGAAGGGCCAAGCCUCUGGAAAGCGAGAAGGACUCUGCUCUGGUGCUGCUCUGCUUCGGUCUGUCUGUGCUCGGGAGGAGAGCUCUGGGAACAGCAGCACAUCACAUGUCCAGUAACCUGGAGUCUUUCCUGUACGGGCUGCAUGCGUUAUUUAAAGGAGAUUUCCGCAUCUCUUCAGUGCGAGACGAGUGGAUUUUCGCCGACAUGGAGCUGCUCAGAAAAGUCGUGGUGCCUGGAAUCCGAAUGUCUCUCAAACUACACCAGGACCACUUCACCUCUCCUGAUGAGUACGAUGAGCCAGCGGUCCUGUUUGAAGCCAUCUCCUCACAUCAGCAGAACCUGGUCAUUGCUCACGAGGGAGAUCCAGCCUGGAGGAGCGCCGUGCUGUCCAACGCUCCAUCACUCCUCGCACUCCGCCAUGUCCUCGACGAAGGAACCAACGAGUACAAAAUCAUCAUGCUUAAUCGACGAUACCUCAGCUUCCGGGUCAUAAAGGUAAAUAAAGAGUGCGUGCGAGGCCUGUGGGCGGGGCAGCAGCAGGAGCUGGUCUUUCUGAGGAACAGAAACCCGGAGCGUGGCAGCAUCCAGAACGCCAAACAGGCUCUGAGAAACAUGAUCAAUUCUUCCUGUGACCAGCCUAUCGGUUACCCCAUCUACGUCUCCCCGCUCACCACCUCCUACUGCAACUCCCACCCGCAGCUCGGACACAUCCUGGGAGGACCAAUCAGCAUCGGGAACAUCCGCAACUUUGUAGUCAGCACCUGGCACAGGUUGCGCAAAGGCUGUGGAGCUGGCUGCAACAGUGGAGGGAACAUCGAGGACUCAGACGCAGGAGGGCUGUCCUGUGGGAGUGGGAAUGGGACGGGGUUAGACUCACAGCAGAGUUCAGUGUCUCAGGGUGGGACCUCUGGACACGCCCCCUCCCAAUCCCACAGGCCGCACACACUGGGCACCAGUCAAAGUGCCCAGUCCGUGCAGUCCGGUUUGGUCCGUCACUCUCCAGCCCGAGCCUCCGUGGCCAGCCAGUCGUCCUCGUACCGUUACAGCAGCCGUCACUCCUCCCUGCGAACCUCCACCACAGGCCUGGAGCCCUGCCGACGCUCCUCCACUAGCCAGUUGUCUCUGCGCACGCUCCCCACCUCCCUGCAGCUCCGGCUGGGCUCCACCUCGGACCCCGCUGGCCCUUCCGCCUCCCUCUCCAGCCACAGCAUCCCUCCCUGCAAACGCCACACGCUGGUGGGCCUCCUGGGCAACGACGGCCUGUGCAGCACCGUUACCGACCCUCUCAGCCAGCAUCAUCAUCAUCACCACCACCCGCAGCAGCACAAUCCCACUGUCUCCACCGUGCGCAGAGACGACAUCUCCUACAGAGUACAGAUCGUGGACGUCGGUCAUGUACUGGAGAACAUCAACUUGUCAAAGAGGAAGGAGCUGCAGUGGCCUGACGAGACCAUGAGACUGAGAGCAGGUCGGACCUGCUGGAGGGACUGGAGCCCCUUAGAGGGCAUGGAAGGACAUGUGAUUCACCGGUGGGUGCCUUGUAGCCGUGACCCAGCCAAUCGCUCCCAUAUCGACAAAACCAUCCUGCUGGUCCAGGUGGAAGAUAAGCUAGUGCCCAUCAUCGAGACUGGGGUCAUUGAGUUGGGCGCAGAGGUCUGAGAAAAAGCAAGCACACACGCACACAAACACAGACUCGUAAGCUUGUGUGGAGACGAAGCCAGGCCGCAGGAGCCUGCAGACAAACAGGAAGGCGGAGCUCUCCCCCCUCCACUGUUCCUUAUCGCUGAGGGGGAAAAGGAAGCCAGGGAAAAGAGCAAGCAGAGGCAGAGCAUCCAUUCAUCCGUGAUCCUUUACUGCAUCCACACAGCCACAGUAUCUGCCUUGCUUUGCGUCUCAGAAAUGCUGCAUGACAGUAAAAAAGCAACCCUUAAGUUCAUUUUGCUCCUGGUGGUUAAUUUCUAUGCAUUUCAUCGACUCUUCUUUAGAGAGCGUGGAGAAUUUCUGUGUUUUUUGAUUGUCUUUCAAUAAUUUGCCAAAUUAAAACCUGGUGUUGAGUAUCUGCCAUGGUUUCACACACGACAUGAAAGCUUUUUAUUUUGUUGUUGUUUUUUGUUGCCAAGACGACAGAGGACAUAAGGGUGCAGAAUAAACUGAGUCAGAGACUGACGCUGCUGCACUAAACACGCUCCUCUGUUUCAUUGUCGUCAUUCCCUUUGGAUUACUUUGACAACUGCAAGAUUAGUUUGCGCAAAGAAAAAAAACUUGCACUAUAAUUUUUUUUUUGAUUCACAGCAAUGCACUACACUCUUGAAAUAAUGGUGUUUUAUUUAUUACAGACUCAAACGGCCAUGGUUACCAAUGCCUUGGGAAUGAAAAAAUGCAAUCGUCUUUUGUUUUCAGCCAUUUUUAUUUACAAUUUUAUGUUUGAUAAACUUGAAAAUAACUUUUUACUGUAUAUGAUUAUAUCUAUAUAUAGUAUAUAAAAAUAUAUAUAUAUUUACACAAAUAUAUAUAUAUAUAAUGUCAAUGUAUAAAAGAAUUUGUUUUGGAUAUUUAUUACUGUGAACAUGGUAUUUACACUUUGUUACAUCUUCUUUUUCUUUCAUUUUGGGACAAAGGUUAAUGUAUCAAGGACCAUUGGUUGAAAACAAGAUGCAGAUUUUUUGAUGGACUGUUUCACUAUUUAACUUAAUUCUUUUCUAUAUGGAGAAAUAAAAGUUUGAUUUAUUGCUGACAUCUUUAA